UUCUGAUUGGCGGCCUGGGCCUGGCUAUAAGUGCGGGCGCGGGACCGGGUCCUCACUCUGACACCCGAGCUGCUCCUGUAGCGAUGGCUCCUUUCGUGACCUUGGUCCUGCUGGGGCUUCUCUCGCUGUCUGGCCUGGACGCCGUCCAGCGUCCUCCGAAGGUUCAGGUUUACUCACGACACCCCGCAGAGAAUGGAAAACCAAAUUACCUGAACUGCUAUGUGUCUGGGUUCCAUCCACCCCAGAUUGAGAUUGAUUUGCUGAAGAAUGGGGAGAAGAUGGAGGUGGAGCAAUCAGACCUGUCUUUCAGCAAGGACUGGUCUUUCUACCUUCUGGUCCACGCUGAGUUCACUCCCAACGCAGUGGAUGAGUACAGCUGCCGCGUGAAACACGUUACUCUCAGAGAGCCCCAGAUAGUUAAGUGGGAUCGAGACCAGUAACCAGCAUCAUGGAGGUUUGAAGAUGCCUCAUUUGGAUUGGACUAAUUCCAAAUUCUGUUGUCUUGCUUUUUAUUUUUCUUUUUUUUAAAAAUUUAGUUUAUUGAAGUAUAGUUGAUUUAUAAUGUUGUGUUAACUUCUGUUGUAUAGCAAAGUGAUUCCGUUAUUCUUGUCUUGCUUUUUAAUGCUUAUAUGUUUUUAUGCUUUAUGCAUUAAAUCAGAAGUUGUAUUGA